UGCUGCUGGCGGAAUGUGUGAGGCGGGCUUUGUGGGGAGACCCAGGUGCUGGGACAACGUCCACGCACGGCGAGUCCUUAUCUCUAACAGUAUUAUAACACAUCAGCGUUAGCUUGUGCUGAGCCAUUUUGGACAGAAGAGUCGACUGUCCGCGAGCUCCUCUUCUCUCUUUUACACACACACACACACACACACACACAGUAGCGGGAGUUGUCGGUGAGAAACAUCUGUGGUACAAGUUCACAAUGAAGACCAGUAUUUUUCUGCUCCUGCUCGCAGCAGUUUUCACGCGUGGACUCGCUCAGGGAGAGGACAACGAUGCCGAGGAGCUUCAGGUGGAAACCCUGGUGAAACCUGAAACUUGUUCUGUACUUUCUUCACUGGGAGACACGCUGCAGAUCCACUACACGGGCAAACUGAUGGAUGGAAAGGUGAUUGAUUCGUCUCUGUCCAGGGAUCCUCUUGUUGUUGAGCUGGGGAAGAGGACAGUCAUCGCUGGCCUGGAACAAAGUUUGAUUGGCGUGUGUGAAGGGCAAAAAAUCAAAACCACUAUUCCCUCUCACCUUGCAUAUGGAAAAAAGGGUUACCCUCCCACGAUUCCAGGUGAUGCUGUUCUUCAGUUCGAGGUGGAGGUGAUGUCUUUGACGCAGCAGACGCCGUGGCAGAAAAUGGUCAAUGACGUGUUCCCCCUCCUGUGUUUGGCUCUGGUGCCCACUCUGCUCGGCAUGGUUGGACUUUACCUCUACAAAAAGGCCAGUGUAGAGAAGCCAAGCAAGAAGAAGGCAAAGGAUAAGAAGAAGAGGAAAUGAGGACAAGCACAGAACUAUUUAAAUAAAUUUUUAAAAAUUGUA